AGGAAGUGGCCAUAUUGGAUCCAUUCAGUCGCCUGCUGCUGCAGCCGGAGCGCCUCCGCCGAAGGGAGAGCAAAGAGAAGGAGAGGAGGAGGCCAGGCGCAGCUGCGGGCCAUGGCUGCCACCGACCUGGAGCGCUUCUCGAAUGAGGAGAAGCGGAAUCUUUCUCUAGGAGGCCAUGUCGGGUUUGACAGCCUUCCUGAUCAACUUGUCAGCAAGUCUGUGGCACAAGGCUUCAGCUUCAACAUCCUCUGUGUGGGUGAAACUGGCAUUGGGAAAUCCACACUGAUGAAUACACUUUUUAAUACAACAUUUGAGACUGAAGAAGCCAGUCACUAUGAGCACACAGUUCGCUUACGGCCACGGACUUAUGACCUGCAAGAAAGCAAUGUCCAUCUGAAGCUGACUAUUGUAGAUGCUGUGGGGUUUGGCGAUCAGAUAAAUAAAGAUGAAAGUUACAGGCCGAUAGUAGAUUACAUUGACACGCAGUUUGAAAACUACUUGCAAGAAGAGCUGAAGAUCCGACGCUCCCUCUUUAAUUAUCAUGAUACAAGGAUCCAUGUCUGCCUUUACUUUAUCACUCCAACUGGCCACUCACUGAAGUCUUUGGAUCUGGUAACCAUGAAAAACUUGGAUAGUAAGGUGAACAUUAUCCCAAUAAUUGCCAAAGCUGACACGAUCUCCAAAAGUGAAUUGCACAAGUUCAAGAUUAAAAUAAUGAGUGAACUGGUCAGUAAUGGAGUCCAGAUUUAUCAGUUCCCCACAGAUGAUGAUGCUGUAGCUGAGAUUAACUCAGUAAUGAAUGCUCAUCUACCAUUUGCUGUUGUUGGUAGCACAGAAGAGGUAAAGGUUGGAAAUAAAAUGGUGAGAGCUCGGCAGUAUCCAUGGGGUGUUGUACAAGUUGAAAAUGAAAGCCACUGUGACUUUGUAAAGCUGCGGGAAAUGCUGAUUCGUGUCAACAUGGAAGAUCUUCGGGAACAAACUCAUACUCGCCACUAUGAGCUCUACAGGCGGUGUAAACUAGAAGAAAUGGGGUUCAAAGAUACUGAUCCUGACAGCCAGCCAUUCAGCCUUCAAGAAACAUAUGAGACCAAAAGAAAAGAAUUCCUUUGUGAAUUGCAGAGGAAAGAGGAAGAAAUGAGACAAAUGUUCGUAAACAGGGUCAAGGAGACAGAAUCAGAAUUGAAAGAGAAGGAGAGAGAACUGCAUGAGAAGUUUGAACAUCUUAAAAGAAUACAUCAGGAAGAAAAGAGGAAGGUGGAGGAGAAACGGAGAGAGCUGGAAGAGGAAAUGAAUGCUUUCAACAGACGGAAGGUGGCAGUCGAAACCCUGCAGUGCCAAUCCCUGCAAGCCACUUCACAGCAACCACUGAAGAAAGAUAAAGACAAGAAAAACAGAUCAGUUGUCACAGGAAACCAGUCAGGAGUCAGCCUCUCCAACUCCAAGGUGAUGAUCACCAAAGCCAAUGUGGAGCCCUUAAACUGCAACACUUGGUGGCAUGCCAUACAGUGCUGUAGCUGUCUUGUCAAGAAUGCAACAUGGCGGGAAGGAUUCCUCUGAGGCAGCCCAUUUAGUAGAUGGGGCCACUUGGAUAUCACCAUGGCAUGGAACUGGAGAGAAGAGAAACAUUUAUUUAUAUUAUAUAUCUUUCUCUUUAAAAAUACACCCAUAAAAAGAUAUAUAUUUAAAAAGAAACACACCAAGACCAAUGUGAACAAUGAACUUUGUACGUUUUCAUAUGUCAUUGACCAGAAGUGCAAACCAAUUCUUAUUCAUAGCAGGAAACCUCUUAACUUUGUUAAAUAUAUUUUUGUCCUACUGUUACCAUUUGUGUCGUAUUUGCCAAAUAUUGAAAUGUUUAAGCUUAUACUGAAUGUAACUAAUUCUGAAUUCAUUGCAUUGUUGCAAUUGUAAAUUCAGACCCUUUGACUUCUCAUUUGUUAUAAUUAAGAAAUAGGUGAUAUUGAAGCCAGCAAAAAAAGCAAACAAGGGUGGGGUGUAUAAUGAUUGACAAUGCUGGAAGCAGGUUUAACCCAGCCUUAAUGUCCAGGUUGUGACUAGGUCUGUUGCCUGAACCAUCUCCCACCAGGAUGGAACAUGAAUCCAACCUUUGCCAUAAAGAGAUGAGCUCUGAGACAUUGUUCUAUCACAUGAUUUUUGCCUUACUAUAUAGCACAUGGUAACUUCUUAAAGAGGAGUUUUCUUUCUAUAAAUGUUAAGCAAAUAAAAUGUGAAUUAAGUGCCAGAUCAGAAUGAUCUAUUUUGUCUAAAUAUGAGGGUCCAGUGUGUUAAUGCAGGGUGAACAAAAGAAAGCUGAUCUGAGAUUUGUGAAAUGUAGCAAAAAUUCUGAAAGCUUUUAAUGUACAGUAUUAAGAGUACAGAGUUAGAAAUAUUUUUGCAAUGUGUAUUUAAAUCAAUAAACAGAAGAUCCCUAGGAGUACAGUUGGAAUAUCCUUACAAAAAGUCAAAUAUUGUCCUUUCAAAGUUGUCCUUUCAAAAUGGGAAUUUACAUCAUUUGGAAAUCAAAAGUUCAGCAUUUGGAAUGGAGGGGUGUCGGUACAGAAAUUCUGUACCUUUCUGUUAAUACACUUCAAAAGAGUUGCAGAUAGUUAAGAAUGUGUGGCCUGAGGCUAACUAGAAGGAAAUGUAUGUGCACCCUUGGUGUUUUCUAGUCUUAUUUGGUGCAAGAAGCCAAACAUUCAGUGCUUACAAUGUUUAAGAAAUCCAUUGAUGUUGCUGUGUAAAGAUCCCAGUGAAGUUUAUCCAGUAUAAUUCUUUCCAUCCUCAAAAUCUCAGCUGAAGAACAUUUACAACCACUCUGCACUGCAAGCUUCUUCACUGAUGGUAUUAUCUAUUUCGAAACAAAAGAAAAUAAUAAUAAUAAUAAAAGAAGCCAAAUUCCUAUGAAA